AUGGAGACCCUCGGGUCGGUGGAAAAGGACCCAGGCGCGUCCGCCUCGACCCGCACCGCUGAGGCGCCAGCAGUUGCGGCGCGGCAGACUCGCGCCAAUUCGGCGCAGAUCGCCUUGGAGCCCACCGCGCUCUCAAAUCGCCUCGAGACAAUGCUCCUCGGCAACCAUCCCGUCCCUGCACCUUCCAACGAGGUGAGCGUCGCCAGCGAGGUGUCCAACGGCAUCAUUAUCGUCGCGAAAGCUGCCGUCGACGCGCUGCUCUUUUCGUCGCCGCAGCGCGCUGCGCUGAUGGCUCUCGGGCUGCGGGACCUCAAACCGGCUGCGCUGGCGUAUCUCGUGUGGGACCUCCGCGGUGUGCUGGCGGCCGCGCGCCACGACCAGGCGGUCGCGUACGGCAAGCGGCUCCAGACGCACGCGGCCGGCGUCGAGAGGGAGCUACUCAAGUGCAAGCGGCGCAAGGCAGACGGCGCGGAGGAGGCGCUUCUCGCCGUGCCGGACGCGCUGCAGGACUCGGCGGACAGGGACCUCGCGCAGCGCGACGACGAGCUGGGAGCCAAGUUUAGGGAGUUUAUGGCAAGCAGCAACCCAAUGGACCAGCAGAUUGCAGCCACCUUAGGGGCGGCGUUGCUUGGACCUGUUCGACAUAGUUUAGAGGCACGCGCGAAGGGGAGCUCGAAGAUGCGUUUCGUGAGAUCGACUCGCUGCGCGAGGCGCUUGCGGCGUCUCGACGUGCUUGGCCUCACGUCGGAGGCGGGCGCGCGUAGGCUCCAAGGCGCCCGACUCAAAAACUAA